AUGGACCGUGCUGAGCAGGACCGAUCCCAGCUGGCCUUCCAGACCCUUCCACUGGGAACCACUGAGGACGGCGCUGGGGUACCGCCACCCGACCUUGGGCUGCGGGACUGGCCGGCGGGGCUGGAAUACCCGGCGCUCGGGCUCCAGUUCACCGAGCCACGGAGCCAAGUCACUAAGCCAGCCCUCAGGCAGAAGGAUGUGGGGGAGCCUGUGCACAAGGGUAUGGGGCAUGCGGACAGGGAUCCCGAGGGCGGAGAAUCUGGAGCCACAGGUGGCGGGGAAUGGGGUCUCUGGAUAGGCAUGGCCUUUGACCCUGUAGACUUCUCCUUCCACAGGAGGGAUGAGGAUUUGGGCAGCUACAGACCCACAGAAGGGCCUGUCUGCACGGAGCUUGUCUCCCGGGGGACCCGCGUGGUAGUGGAGCCAAGGUUACAUAGAGCAGAUCCAGGUGAGAACAAAUCCCAGGGCACAUCGAUGGGGCAGCGAGCAGAGGCCAGCGCAGGGUCGGACCCGGGCCCUGUGCCCACAGUUCCUGCUGGAAUCCUGCUAAUAAACAGGUCGGUCCACCUACGUACAGAUUCAAAAGGACUGCAGAAGCCUGCCGAGCUGAGCGGCUGGUGCCGUCAGGCCACCGGCAGGCACUCCAGGGACCAGCGGAGGCUUGAGUGA